AUGAGUAAAAACAACAGAAUGCACAGAAACAUCAACAUAAGAAACACCUUUUUCUCUGAAGUUGGCUUUGGCAUUUCAGCCAAUGUCAUCCUUCUCCUCUUCCACUUCUUCAUAUUUGUUCUCCGACUCAAGCCCAAAUCCACUGACCUGCCUAUUGGUCUCUUGGCCCUUGUACACUUAGCAAUGCUGAUAACCACAGGGUACACAGCUAUGGACAUUUUUGGGUACAAGAAUGAUUGGGAUGACAUCACGUGUAAAUGUCUUAUCCUCAUAUACAGGUUGGUCAGGGGCCUGUCUGUCUGCCUCACCUGCCUGCUGAGUAUCCUCCAGGCCAUCACCCUCAGCCCCAGAAGCUCCUGUUUGGCAAAGUUCAAACAUAGAUCCCUACACCACAGCCUGUGUCUCCUCCUCCUCCUGUGGGUCUUCUAUAUAUCCAUUAGCAGUCACCUCUUAAUCUCUAUUAUUGCUACUCCCAAUUUGACCUCAGAAAAUCUUAUGUAUGUCUCUGAGUCUUGCUCUCUUUCACCCUUGCCUCACCCCUACCAGCACGUAUUUUCCAGACUGCUGACCUUCAGGGAAGUCUUGUGUAUGGGGCUCAUGGCUUUCGCAAGUGGGUACAUGGUGCUUUUCUUAUUCAGGCACAAGAGGCAGUCCCGGCAUCUUCAUAGGACCAGCCUCACCUCAAAGACUUCCCCAGAGCAAAGGGCCACCCGGACCAUUCUGCUGCUCCUGAGUUUCUUUAUGGCCAUGUCCAUUUUGGAUAGCCUCAUCUCCUACUCAAGACUUACAUUACAUGAUGAUCCAAUAUUUUAUUGUAUCCAGCUUCUCGAGGCCCAUAGCUAUGCGACAGUCAGCCCCCUGGUGUUCAUCAGUACCGAAAAGCGUAUAAUUAUCGUUUUGAGAUCCAUAUGUAAGAAGGGAGUAAGCAGUUGA